AUGGAGACUUUCAAUCAUAAACUGAACAAUUACUUAGAGUCAUGGAUGGGACCCAGGGAUCAGCGGGUGCGAGGAUGGCUGCUGCUCGACAAUUACCCACCAACCUUUGCACUCACAGUCAUGUACCUUCUGAUCGUGUGGGCGGGGCCCAAGUACAUGAAACAGAGGCAGCCGUACUCCUGCAGAGGCCUCCUGGUGCUCUACAACCUGGGCCUCACACUCUUGUCCUUCUACAUGUUCUAUGAGCUUGUUACUGCUGUGUGGAGCGGAGGCUACAACUUCUACUGCCAGGACACUCACAGUGCACAGGAAGUGGAUAAUAAGAUCACCUAUGUCCUGUGGUGGUACUACUUCUCCAAGCUCAUUGAGUUCAUGGACACCUUCUUCUUCAUACUACGAAAAAACAAUCACCAGAUCACGUUUCUCCACAUCUACCACCACGCUAGCAUGCUGAAUAUCUGGUGGUUUGUUAUGAACUGGGUCCCGUGCGGCCAUUCAUACUUUGGUGCCUCCCUGAAUAGCUUCGUCCACGUGGUGAUGUAUUCUUACUACGGCCUGUCGGCCAUCCCAGCCAUACGGCCGUACCUUUGGUGGAAGAAGUACAUCACACAGUUACAGCUGAUCCAGUUCUUUUUAACCAUGUCCCAGACGAUGUGUGCAGUCAUUUGGCCAUGUAGCUUCCCCAAGGGAGGGCUGUACUUCCAAAUAAGUUACAUGGUCACGCUCAUUUUCCUUUUCUCAAAUUUCUACAUGCAGACUUACAAAAAGCACAGUGGUUCUCUAAAGAAGGAGCACCAAAAUGGCUCUCCUGCAUCAACAAAUGGACAUGCAAAUGGGAUGCCGGCCACGGAACGCACUGCACACAGGAAACUACGGGUGGAUUAA